UUUCCCUUGGCUAAGUAAAUGGCCAUUUCUUUUAAACUAUUAUAUUUCUUGUAUAUUUUGUUAAUCAUGAUUCCAUGGGUGGUUAAGGCUUACAUGACUGAUUCAGAUGCUUUGCUUAGAAUCAAACAAUCUUUGAAUAAUCCUGAGCCUCUUGAUUCUUGGAAAGCCGGAACAAUUCCUUGCGACGAGGUGCUUACAUGGGUCGGUCUUGUUUGUAACAACGGGCUGGUCACUAAUCUUCAUCUUAAAUCAAUGAGUCUUUCUGGUAAUCUAGACAUAAAUGCCCUGUCACAAAUGCCAGCAUUGAGAAUCCUAGCACUUGAAAACAAUUCUUUCUCUGGCCCAAUUCCUGAAUUCAAUAAACUUGGAUCAUUAAAAGGUCUUCACCUUUCAAUGAAUCAAUAUUCUGGUGAAAUCCCUUACGAUUUCUUCAAUUCAAUGACAGCUUUGAAGAAAAUUUGGUUUGAUGGUAACAAAUUCACUGGCAAUAUCCCGUCUUCAAUUGGAGAAUUACCAAAUCUUGUGGAAUUGCAUCUUGAAGACAAUCAGUUUUCUGGUACAAUUCCAGCAAUAGGCCAAAGAAGUUUAAAUUCGGUCAACCUUUCGUAUAAUAACUUAACAGGUGAAGUCCCACCAGGCUUGGCUAAAUUUGAUGCAACCUCUUUUGAAGGAAAUCCCGGGCUUUGUGGAGCAAGAUUUGGUAGAAUGUGUGACAAAACACCUCCCAAAAGUCCUACUAAUAAACCAAUUGAAAAUAAGUCUAAUAAAAAGUCAUUAAGGAUAGAAUAUGUACUAAUGGUUGUGACAUUAUUAAUUCUUGUGUUAAUGCUUGUUGGGAUCUUUAUUCUGAUGAGGAGGAAAAAAGAUAAUUCUGAGACAAUUGGAAUCAUGGAGAAAGAUAACCUUGAAGGAUCGGUUGGUUUAACUAUAUGUAAUAUAAGCAAACCAGAAGCUAUUCCGGGCCAAAAUGGUUUUGAUACGGGCCAGAAGGCACUGAUGACCAAAAAGAAAGGGGUGAGUGUUGAUCUAAUGCUAUUAAACGAUACCAAAGGAGUGUUCAGAUUAUCUGAUGUGAUGAAAGCCGCUGCAGAAGUGUUGGGAAAUGGAAUGCUUGGCUCAUCCUAUAAGGCCAAAAUGACAAAUGGGAUGGUUGUUGUGGUCAAGAGGUUAAAAGAAAUGAAUCUAGUUGAUAAAAAUGGGUUUGAAGUUGAGAUGAUGAGGCUUGGAAGACUAAACCACCCACAUAUAUUGACACCACUCGCAUGCCACUAUCGCAAAGAGGAAAAACUCUUGAUUUACGAGUACUUUCCAGCAGGAAGCCUACUUUACUUGUUACAUGGUGACCGAGGAAAGAGACACGCCGAGCUCAAAUGGUAUGCACGUUUGAAAAUCAUUAAAGGGGUUGCACUAGGACUAGGAUAUCUUCACAAAGAACUCGCCAGUCUAGAUUUACCUCAUGGAAAUCUCAAAUCGAGCAAUGUCCUUCUAAGUGCUAACUACCAUCCUCUAGUUGUAGAUUUUGGUCUACAUCAUAUGAUCAACCCAAAUCAUGUUGCAAAUGCGUUAGCAGCCUAUAGAGCUCCGGAAGUACUCAAAAUGCGUCAAGUAUCACCUAAAUGCGACGUUUAUUGUCUAGGAAUUAUAAUUUUAGAAGUCCUAACAGGAAAGUUCCCCUCACAGUAUGUUAACAACGGCCAAGGUGGUACAGAUCUUGUACAAUGGGUAAAAUCCGCUAUGCAGGAAUCUAGAGAAGUUGAGUUGUUAGAUCCCGAGAUCACUGGAUCAAGUAAAUACAUUGGUGAAAUGAGAAAACUUCUACAUAUUGGUGCAAGUUGUACAGAUAGUGAUCCCCAAUCUAGAUUAGAUAUUAGUGAGGUAAUUAGUAGUAUAGAGAAUAUUCAAGGUGGGGAUGACAACACGAUUCAAAUGUUUUCAUCUUUUGGGGAUGGAUAUGACGAUGCAGCAAGUACACUAACCGGAGUAACAGAUUCGUCGUAUAUCUCAAUGGCAGCUGAUCAGUCUAGAACGAACAACAAUGAAUCAACGCAACAGAAUAACGAUAAUAUUGGUCUUCGUGUAUCGUAAU